ACAUGUAGACAACUACGUAAGAGAGUUCAAACUAAAAACGGUGUUGUUAUAUAGCCUAUCCACUGUAGCCUGCAGAUCACGAGUGUGUUUACUGCAUUAACCUUCUGAGACGUAACUGGAUCCACAACUCAUGUGAAAAAUAAGAAGUAUGGACCCAUUUUACCAUAUUACGCAACAGGCAGACUUGCAGCCUUUAUACAGAAUCUUGAUCAAGUCUUGACUAAUAUUGGACCUCAAAUUGAUCUCAACGUACCCGCUGGGGUAUCACUGUGUUUGCGAUUUGUAAAAAGUAGUUUAAUUCGUCGUCCUUUUAUAACUUUAUUAUCCUACAUUGUUGGAGCAAACUGAAAAGUUCGAUUAAACAAAUUGGAAGCGGACUCUUUUUUUGCUAUCCAUAAGGUAAAUAACUCGUUCAGCCCACGGCUAUCGUUGGCCAUAACUAUUUGUCAAUUCUAACCAAUUGUUUUUGGUUAGAUUAAGUGAUGUGUAUAACGACAUAAUGAAAUGCUUUUACGCUGUAUAUCUGUGUGGUAUUCAUCCCCAACCGUUUUAGGGGCAAGAAUGAAAAAACUGCUUACCGACGUGGACACUGGCGUAGACGACGCGCAGGCAAUUAUGAUGGCACUUGUGGCACCAAAUGUAGAUAUAUUGGGUAUCACUUGUGUCCACGGCAACACCUCGUUGGAGAAUGCUUGCAAGAAUACGCUGCGUGUCCUCAAGGUUUGCGGACGACUUGAUAUUCCAGUGUUCAGAGGAGCGGCAGAGCCUCUGUUGGGUUGUCCCGUGGAUGCAGCGGGGUUCCACGGGGCGGACGGACUAGGCGACGCCCCGGACCCAAACGCACCUGGACUGGAGAUGCUCCAGAAAGAAGGAGCUGUAGAAGCCAUGAUCCGCAUAGUGAACCAACAUCCCGGAGAGGUGUCUCUGGUUGCUACAGCACCCCUGACCAACCUGGCCUUGGCUGUGAAGCUGGACCCCAGCCUUCCUCAAAAGCUAAGGGGCCUUUACAUCAUGGGAGGCAACACUAACUCGAGGGGAAACACCACAGUGUGUGCAGAGUUCAACUUUGUGGCCGACCCUGAGGCAGCUUACAUAGUGCUGAACAGAUUCACCUGCCCAACACACAUCGCUACAUGGGAAUUCGCCUGCGAGAACAUGCUACCAUGGUCCUUCUGUGAGCCCUGGCUGGCCCAGGACUCUGACAAGGCCCGCUUCAUGAGGAGGAUCUUCAGACACACCAUGGACGCCACGCGGACGGAGCGCUACCAGAAGGAGAUGGUGGCGGGAUGCGGCUUCGCCUCCUGCGACUCCUACGCCAUGGCGGCGGCCAUCGACGAGCAGUUUGUGACGGCCAGCGAGCAGGUGGCGGUGACCGUGGAGCUCCAGGGUACCUACACCAGAGGCAUGAUGGUCCUGGACACACUGGGAGUCCUGAAGAGCCAGCACAAGAUCUCAGUCAUGAGGAAGGUGGAUCUGGAGAAGUUCAAGAAGAUGUUUAUGGACUCCCUGAUGUAGCAGGGUUUGUUUGAUGUUCAUCUGUUGCGUCCUUGCGUUUGAAUGUGGGUUCACAUCGUUGUUAGCUGGAGAGUGGAGGUUCUGCUCCUGCAGGAACUGGAUUUAUCAAGGUAUAUUCAAACUAUUUUAAGCAGUAUGUGGUUUUUAAAACCCAAACUAUGAUAACCAACCAAACUUUGUAACGAUGUAAUCGUGUACUUAAACUUUAGUAUAAAAAAUUGAAUAUGGACUUACUGACUAAAAACCUAAAUACAAAGGAGAUCGUAUUAAGAUAAAACGUGUUUUAUUGAAAGUGCUAAGGAAUGUACACUCCAAAUGUCCCAGCAAAAGGCUCACCAAACUAUAACACUUCUCUCACAUUUUCAACAAACAGAAUUUAGUAUUUCUUUUCUUAAAUCAAAAAAAAAAAAAAGGAAAAAAACAAGAUUCAACAGAAACGGAACCAAGAUAUCCUCUUUAGAAACAAUGCAUCAUUUGAGCAUCUUAAAUCCGGCGUACUAUUUACAAA